GGGAGAUUCUCCCGGGGUCCUGUGGACAGAGCAGGUGUCAAGCCAGGAGUGUUGUGUUUUGGUUUACUUUUGGGUGUGUUUUUUUUUUUGCGCGUGCGCGGGGUUUUACAAUAAGAAGGUGGAUUUUUGAGGGUCGGGGUUUUUUGGGGGGUUCUCUUUCCUUCCCCCCUUCCCGAUCCUUUCCCCCUCUCUCCUCUCCCCCCCCACCCCAAAUUCCUCCCUGCGUUAAAAUGGUGUCCAAACUGAGCGCUUUGCAGCAAGAGCUUCUCAACGCUCUCCUCACCUCUGGGGUGACUAAGGAGGUCCUGAUCCAAGCUCUGGAGGAGCUGGUGCCCACCGGCAGCACCUCCGCCAGCGGCGGCUAUGGGGUGAAACUGGAAAACUUACAGCUGUCCCCCGGCGGCGGCGGGGCCGAGGCGGACAGCAAGCCGGUGUUCCACACGCUGACCAACGGGCACAGCAAAGGCAAGCUGUCAGGGGACGAGGCCUCGGACGACGGCGAUGACUUUGACACGCCGCAGAUCCUCCGCGAACUGCAGGCGCUCAACACCGAGGAGGCGGCGGAGCAAAGGGCCGAAGUGGACAGGAUGAUCAAUGAGGACCCUUGGCGGGCUGCAAAGAUGAUCAAGGGGUACAUGCAACAGCACAACAUCCCCCAGCGAGAGGUGGUGGAUGUCACGGGACUGAAUCAGUCACACCUCUCCCAGCAUCUCAACAAGGGGACACCCAUGAAGACACAGAAGCGGGCGGCCCUCUAUACGUGGUACGUCCGGAAGCAAAGGGAGAUCCUCAGGCAAUUCAGCCAGACAGUCCAGGGUUCGGGAAAUAUGACAGACAAAAGCAGUCAAGAUCAGCUGCUGUCUCUCUUUCCAGAGUUCAACCAGCAAACCCAGGGCAUGGGCCAGCUGGACGACCCCUGCGCCGAAACACCCAGCAAGAAGAUGAGGCGGAAUCGUUUCAAGUGGGGUCCCGCAUCCCAGCAGAUAUUAUACCAGGCUUAUGAUCGGCAGAAGAACCCCAGCAAGGAAGAACGAGAAGCACUGGUAGAGGAAUGCAACAGGGCAGAAUGCCUCCAGCGUGGUGUGUCCCCCUCUAAAGCACAUGGCCUGGGUUCGAAUUUGGUAACGGAAGUCCGGGUCUACAACUGGUUUGCCAACCGGAGGAAAGAAGAGGCUUUUCGUCAGAAAUUGGCCCUGGAUGCCUACAGCACGGGGCAGCCCCAGGGCAUGAACCUUUUGCUCGCGCACGGUUCCCCUCAUCAUGCUCAACCCAGCUCUUCACCACCAAGCAAAAUGCCAGGUGUCCGUUACAACCAACCAGGAAGCAAUGAAGUCACUUCCUCCUCCACCAUAAGUCACCACGGUAAUAGCUCCAUGGUGACCACCAGCCAGGCUGUCCUGCAGCAAGUGUCCCCAGCUGGCUUGGAUCCGGGCCACAGCCACAGCCUGCUCUCCCCAGAUGGUAAAAUGAUUACAGUGUCUGGAGGUGGGCUGCCCCCAGUCAGUACUCUCACCAACAUCCACAGCUUUUCCCAUCAUAACCCACAACAGUCGCAGAACCUCAUCAUGGCGCCAUUAUCAGGAGUCAUGGCUAUCACCCAAAGCCUAAACAGUUCCCAAGCACAGAGCGUCCCUGUUAUCAACAGUGUGGCCAGCAGCUUGGCAGCCCUCCAGCCCGUCCAGUUCUCUCAGCAGCUGCACAGCCCCCACCAGCAGCCGAUCAUGCAGCAGUCACCCAAUCCCUUGGCACAGCAGCCCUACAUGACCACAGUGACGCAGCUGCAGAAUUCACACAGUAAGGAUCUUGUCAGUGUAUGCGCACAAACAGGAACCCCCUCAGUAUUCUCACACAUCUCGGUUCCCUUCAGCCAUGGUGGUCACGGAUACCAGCAGCAUCAGUUCGUUAACCAAUAUGUCUUCCAGUAAACAGUGUCCACUGCAAGCUUGGUGAUGCUCCCAACCUCACUUCCUUUGCUUUUAGCAACCGGAAAUUGUUUUUCCACAUCAUCCUGCCAGUGACCGACGAUGGAGUCUUGGGGCCAGGAGGUGGCCAAGAGGACUGGCGUCGUACCAGCCUGGCGAGAGCGCCAGAAGUUUCAAAGACAAAACUUUUUGGUGACUCAUUGCAACGGGAGCAAAAAUGGCGUCAGCGUGGACCCAGUUCCCGAAACGUGGGGCGUCCCCCUCUCCUCCGCAGUAUUUCCAAAGACUUGCUGUCUUUAAGGUUUUUGAAAGUAUUUUCCUUCCCCAAGGGCAUUUCUUCUUUACGAGAGAACAAAAAUGGAUUCUGAACUGAGAAGGAGCUUUAUGGAGAGAGUGCAAAAGUUGAAGAUCAAUCAUAUUUAUAAAGUUACAUUCCUCUGCCGUGAUGGACCGGAGAGCGAAAUUGGGGCUGUUACUUUGUGCUGCAAGGGAGGAGCUGCGUGUGCUAGUCAAACUGAGCCAACUGAACUGUGUAUAGAGAAACUCCAUGAUUUCCUGGCUCCUCCCUUUCCUUUACCCCUGGCCUAUCCACAGAGAUUUAUAUAUUAAAGAAAGUGAAUGUUGUCCAA